AAGGGGCAGACUAAAAAAAUCAAAAUCAUCAUAUAUACCCUCCUGUACAUUCUGGAACCCACCUUCAUAUAAUCUCCAUAGUUGAGUCCAAUACCAAGAAACCUUCAUCCAUGGCAUUUGCUCACUACUUGCUAACAGUCCCAGCUGAUACUUGUAAACACUAUUCUACUACUUCCAUUUUUACUCGCCCCUUUUCGUCUUCUUGUACUUCUCUUUCUUCGCCAAACUUCAACACUCGCAGGAUCUCUAAGAGUUUGAAAAUCGCCCACAAAGCAUCUAUUAAGGCUCAAGCAUCUGAAGCCAGCUCAGCUGCAGAUGCUUUCACCAACUUCAAGCAUGUACUGCUUCCAAUUACAGACCGGAAUCCUUAUCUCUCUGAGGGUUCAAGACAGGCUGCAGCAACUGCCGCUGCUAUGGCAAAGAAGUAUGGAGCUGAUAUAACAGUUGUUGUUAUUGAUGAAAAGGAGAAAGAAGCACACCCUGAGCAUGAGACCCAACUAUCGAGCAUCCGGUGGCAUUUAUCUGAAGGUGGAUAUCAGGAAUUCAAGUUGUUAGAGAGGCUAGGUGAAGGAAGCCAGCCAACAGCCAUUAUUGGGGAAAUUGCUGAUGACAUGAACUUGGAUAUGGUAAUUAUGAGCAUGGAAGCUAUCCAUUCCAAGCAUGUCGAUGCAAACCUUCUCGCAGAGUUCAUCCCUUGUCCUGUAUUGCUUUUGCCCCUUUGAAGAAGAAAUGUAUCUGAAAAGCCAGUGGUGCUUAAUUUUAGGAUCAAGGAUAUUAGCAUUACCUAACUUGAAACUUAUUACUAUCUUCAUCGAUCAGGUCUCCUACAUUUUGACCUUUUAAUUACAUUCUCUGCUUCAUUGACCAUAAAGACAAGUUUUAGAUUUGUGA